AUGGCGAUGUCGGGUAUUGUGGCACUUAUCCUUGCGUCAUCAGCCCCACAUCUUCUCGGCAGCCGCAUCGAUAUCAACAUUGAGCAGCGUGCAGCCCAGUUGGCUGUCCAGUCUUCCAUGCGCAACGACGACAUCACCUCACAGAAGCACAUAAUCUGCCCAGUGUUGAAUGCUCUCGUGCAGAAUGGCGACAUGAAGACGAAUGGCGAAAACGUGGAUGCAGACACCGUCAUCAAUUCGCUCAUGCGUGCUGGGCUCAAUCAGCCAGAAUACAAAGGCGAUCCUUUGUCUCCUGGCCUGACGCAAAGCAACGCGUUUGAAUACACGUUAGGCAUCUUCCUGAAGAACAAGGCGGGCAACUACCGCGAUGAGGACGGGGAUCUGACGCUCCCGAUCUACAACUUUCCCGGGACCAACCACGAGCACAACAGCCACACGGGCAUCACCACGCAGAAAGGAGUCCCGUUCGACGCCGAUCGGUGGGACGAGUUGGCCGUUCGAGCUGAUCGCAAGCUUGCCGACGGGACGGGCUGCUUCUCGCGCGACGCGUGGGCCGAGGCCAUGCGAUCUUUCGAGAUGAGAUACUACAACGGCACGGGUGGCCGCAAAAUUGACAACAGCAAUGUUCGUUCAGGUCACGCUAUCACAUCACCAGAGGCCAAAUUGGGUGGCGGCUGGUUGAUAGGUAAGUUGCUAAACCACGGUGCAUAG